AUGCCCGGCAGUCAGCAGAACGGAUGUCAGCAGAAUGGUGGAGGCAGCCGAGUCUGGCCGGAGAAUGUGGGCAUCAUCGCCAUGGACAUCUACUUCCCCACGACGUACGUGGAGCAGACGAACCUGGAGGAGUUCAACGGCGUCUCCAAGGGCAAGUACACCGUCGGUCUGGGCCAGAAGCGGAUGGCCUUCUGCAAUGACCGCGAGGACAUUGCCUCCAUCUGCCUCACCGUCACCGACCGACUCUUCAAGAAGUACCAAAUAUCGCCCAAGGACAUUGGCUUCAUGAUGAUCGGCACGGAGACGAUAGUGGACAAGUCAAAGAGCGUCAAGACCGUCCUCAUGGACCUCUUCAAGGACAGCGGCAAUACGGACAUCGAGGGCGUCCACGCGACCAAUGCCUGCUACGGCGGCACUGCGUCCCUCUUUCACGCCAUCGACUGGAUCGAGUCCAGUUCCUGGGACGGUCGCUAUGCGCUCGUCAUUGCCGGCGACAUUGCCGUCUACGCUAGCGGUCCUGCCCGCCCCACCGGCGGCGUAGGCGCUGUGGCAAUGCUGGUCGGCCCGAACGCGGCGGUCAUCUUUGACCGGCGCGUUCGCUCGACGUACAUGGCGAACGUGUACGACUUCUACAAGCCCGAUCUCACCUCUGAAUAUCCGUACGUGGACGGGCCCCUCUCCAACCAGUGCUACCUGCAGGCGCUGGACCAGUGCUACAACCUCUACUUUGACAAGGUCAACCGAGCGCACGUCAACUGCCCGGCGGCCAAUGAGCCGGGGAAGAAGGCGCGCUCCGUUCAGCUGGAGAACUUUGACGGCAUUCUCUUUCACGCCCCCUACUGUAAAUUAGUUCAAAAAUCAGUGGCGCGAAUGUACCUGCUAAACAGUCUCAGAAAGAAGGCACAAGACCCUGACUCAUUGCCGUCACAGCUCGAAAAGUACAAAAAUAUCAAACUAGAAGAGUCCUACAAUGAUCGUGAUCUGGAGAAGGUGCUGCUCACACUCAGCGGGGACAUCUUCAACCAGCGGACCGAUCCGAGCUUGAUGCUCGCCCGAGAGAUCGGCAACAUGUACACCGCUUCACUUUAUUCUUGUCUUAUUUCCUAUCUGUUGAGUGAUAAAAUAGAGAAUCUGGCGAACAAGCGCAUUCUGCUGUUCUCCUACGGCUCCGGCCUGGCGGCCUCGAUGUUCUCUGCACGCAUCUCUGGCGACACUUCUGACAACUCUGCCCUGUCUCGAUUGGUGAAAGGCGUCAGUGAUAUACCUCAGCGCCUCGAGCAGCGCACCAGCGUCGCCGCCGCCCAGUUUGAGGAGACGCUCAAUCUGCGCGAGAAGACCCACAGCCUCGCCCCGUACACGCCCACGGGCGAUGUGUCGCAGCUCAGUGCGGGCACCUACUACCUGACUGAUGUCAGUCAGAAGCACCAUCGAGCCUACUCCAAGGCCUGA